AUGAUUUUCUGUUUCAUUCUGAUUUUUCUUCUUCCGCAUCAAUUGCUUACUGUAGAGUGGAGCAAUGGAACUCUUUCCAGAUGGAAAAGAGUUCAGAAGUCGAGAGUUACAAUUGUAGACCCAAGUUUGGUCACAGGACCAAACAGUCUUCUCAAUCUAGCGGAGUUGACUACUAGAAACUUAGAAGAGUACAUCGGAGAAAUGGAUCAUCCAACAACUACAGAGAAAGCCCUUGAGUUUGUGGCGACGUAUGGAUUGCUCGCAAACGAACGCGAGUGUGAACAGGACUGGUGUAGCCAGUACAUGUCUCUGGUCAAGGAUUCCAGUAAAAAAAAUGAUAUGCUAGUCUGGCGCUGCUCAACAUGCAAAAGCGACGGGAUGUCCAGUAAAGUAUCGAUCAGAGAAAACUCAUUUUUCGAAGGUCUCCGUAUUCCGCUCCAAAAAGUAUUGUACAUCGCAGCUGAUUGGAUCGAAAAUCCGACAAAAACAGCGAAGGACUCCGCUGCGUACUUCGAAACAUCUGAAAACACCAUUUCUGAUUACCACGAAUGGUUUCGGGACAUGACACAGCAGUGGUGGGAAAGAGAAGCAGGAAUGAACAAAAACAUUAUGCGAAUAAUUCAAAAACUAGAGGGAGACCAGUACGUACUUCGUCCACUGCAAAACCAAUCACUACUCCCACGUUCUCAACGAAAAAACAGAAGUCAACUACUACACCGAAAACCACUACCGUUGCCCCCAAAACGACUUCCGCUACAAGGAGACGGACAACUACAAAGCAGAAGGACACUCAAGUGA